GACCCUGUCUCUAAAAUGAAAAAGCAAGAAAAAGUGCUGCAUUCUUAUAAGGAUAUAGUAAAAGAGCAAUGGUAUUAUCAGGUUACUGGAUACUUGGAUGAUUGUACCUGUGAUGUUGAAACCAUCGAUAGAUUUAAUAACUACAAACUUUUUCCAAGACUACAAAAACUUCUUGAAAGUGACUACUUUAGAUAUUAUAAGGUAAACCUGAAGAGGCCGUGUCCUUUCUGGAAUGAUACCAGCCAGUGUGGAAUAAGGGACUGUGCUGUCAAACCUUGUCAAUCUGAUGAAGUUCCUGAUGGAAUUAAAUCUGCGAGCUACAAGUAUUCUGAAGAAGCCAAUACUGUCAUUGAAGAGUGUGAGCAAGCCGAGCGACUCGGUGCGGUGGAUGAAUCACUGAGUGAGGAAACGCAGAAGGCUGUGCUUCAGUGGACCAAGCAUGACGAUUCUUCGGACAACUUCUGUGAAGCUGAUGACAUACAGUCCCCUGAUGCUGAAUAUGUGGAUUUGCUCCUUAAUCCUGAGCGCUACACAGGGUACAAGGGACCAGAUGCAUGGAAGAUAUGGAAUGUCAUCUAUGAAGAAAACUGUUUUAAGCCACAGACAAUUAAAAGGCCUUUAAAUCCUCUGGCUUCUGGUCAAGGGAAAAACAAAGAGAACACAUUUUACAGUUGGCUAGAAGGUCUCUGUGUAGAAAAAAGAGCAUUCUACAGGCUGAUAUCUGGCUUACACGCCAGCAUUAAUGUGCAUUUGAGUGCAAGGUAUCUUUUACAAGAUACCUGGCUGGAAACGAAGUGGGGACACAACACCACAGAAUUCCAGCAGCGGUUUGAUGCAGUUCUGACUGAGGGGGAGGGCCCAAGGAGGCUCAAGAACUUAUACUUUCUCUACUUAAUUGAAUUAAGGGCUUUAUCUAAAGUGUUACCGUUUUUUGAGCGCCCAGAUUUUCAGCUCUUCACUGGAAAUAAAAUUCAGGAUGCGGAAAAUAAAAUGCUACUUCUGGAAGUCUUGCGUGAAAUCAAGUCAUUUCCUUUGCAUUUUGAUGAGAAUUCACUUUUUGCUGGGGAUAAAAAGGAAGCCCAAAAACUAAAGGAGGACUUUCGGCUGCAUUUUAGAAAUAUUUCAAGGAUCAUGGAUUGUGUCGGUUGUUUUAAGUGUCGGCUGUGGGGAAAGCUUCAGACUCAAGGUUUGGGUACUGCUCUGAAGAUCUUGUUUUCUGAGAAAUUGAUAGCAAAUAUGCCAGAAAGUGGACCCAGUUAUGAAUUCCAUCUAACCAGACAAGAAAUCGUAUCACUAUUUAAUGCAUUUGGAAGAAUUUCUACAAGUGUGAAAGAAUUAGAAAACUUCAGGAACUUGUUGCACAAUAUCCAUUAAGGAGAGUGAUUUGAAGAAAGCCUGUUUGUGGACAACGGAGGCCAAAGAGUCAUUCAGGGUGUAAUAGCAAGGACAGUCUUCAGAUGAACAUUUUAUAUUAAGCUGCUUUUGUAAAAGGAGAAUUAUAUUGUUUUAAGUAAACAUUUUUUAAAUUGUCCUAUGUUAAUAUUAUUGUGAAUAAAAUACUUUGAUAAUGUGGUACAAAUUUUUAAGUUUAAUAUUGAAUAAAAGCAGGAUUAUCUGAUUCUUAUAUGCUAAAACCAGUUGAAUGGUAUUUUUAAGUCAAACUAGAGUUUCAUGUGAAAAGAUGUAAUAAAAAUCAGAAUAUGGCAAAUAUGACAGGUGUGUAAUAGGAAAAUACUAGGGAGACUCAAGAAUGACUUAUAAUUAAUGGUGUAGAAUUUUUCAAUAUAUUUAGGGUUGUCAGAUUUAGGAAGUAAAAAAGCAGAAUGUUCACUCAAAAUUGAACUUCAGAUAAACAACUGUUUACUUUAAAAUAUGUUGCAUGGGAUAUUUACAACACACACACAAAAUUAUUCAUUAGUUGUUUGAAAUUCAAAUUUUAACUGAGGGUCCUGUGUUUUAUCUGACAACCCUAAAGUACACUGGUAUGAAAAAUUUUUAGAGCUCAAUUGCUAUUUUGACUAGGUUCCUUCAGCAUAUCAACUUCAGAACAAUUUAGAGGCAUGGGAGAUUUGUAAGCAUUGUGAAAAGUUGAAUAGAAUAUAUAUUUAUUCUCAUACUUUACCUAAUGUAUGAAAAUGGGGGGUAGUCUUUUUAUUUUUAUAUAAUUUAAAAUUUACAGAAAUGUUUCACAAAUAGUCCGAAGGACUUCCACCCAGACCCGUCAGUGGUUCCCAGGAGCUCUGUUUCACACCCGCUUUUUUCCCCUCGACCACUGGAAGUCGGCUACACAUGUCCUGCCCUCUCGUCCUAAAGGCUCCAUGUAAUAUUGAAUAAUUUUCUAAAAAUUGUUUCUCAGAAAUCUCUACAAGUAUAGAACUGUCAUUCUGUAAGCCUUAAAAUAAGGAAUCAUUUCCAGUUCCAAUCUAAAAGUCGUUCUUUAGUUUUAUUAUUCUUUUUAUGUUUGAUUUCUAAGGUGUUAGGGUGUAUAAUUUUUUAUGAAGAUAAUUUUUUUCAUGAUGUUAAUUUCUUUUGCCUCUCUAAAACUGAGCUGUAAUUUAGGGUUUUACUAGUAGAAAUUCUGAUAAAGUAUUUAAAAGGUUUAAGAAUACCACAUGGUGAUUAUACCUCAAAAUUAUGUACCUUUUUUCUGUCCUGGCAGGUGUAGCAUGCUGGGACAUCGCAUUAUUAGUAAAGCAGAGUCCCACUUCACACUGCUAAAUUCAUUUUCUUUUCUUCUGUGUCCCUAAGGCCUGGUACAGUGCCAAGCACAUAGCUGGUAUCCAAUAAAUAUUUGUGGAGUGAAUGUAGUAUGUAUUUAGUGUAUUUUAAAUGAAUAAUCACAGAACUGAGUCUAACAGUGUGCAUUCUGUUUUCCUUUUCCCUCAUUUUCUCUGAAUAGGGCAGGGAAAAGACGACAUUGACUCGCUCUUUGAGUGGAGCCCUCUCUUAAGUGAUUGGCAUGCCCUGGAGAUGGCUCAUGGACUUCAUGGUCAGAGUGUGUAGACCUCCCUAGCCCUCAGCUGCCCUCUCCAGCUGCCAGGGUCGCCAGAAGAGUAUUCCCACCUCCACUUUGCUGCCUCCCACUUGCUGCUUAACUAAAAGCUGGCAUCUGGCGCUGUGUCCUUUUCAGUCCUUUCUUGUGCAGGCUGAAAUCCUAAUUGUAAAUCUACAUUUCAGCUCUCAAGGCAUUGCUGAUUUGACUUUUUUCAGAUGAGUUUUUAAUGACAAAUCUUUCUUUAAA